CCACUGACCACACUCGUUGUUGUUGUUGUUUUGCGGUGGAUAUAGCCUAUAUUUUAGGGUGUAAACGUAGAAAACGGCGUAAAACACAAAAGCGGAGGGAAAACACGGAGAUGUACUGGGACUCUUUCAUCAAAACAGGAGACAGAGACUUGGACAGCAAAGACUCGAAAAUAAAGAUGGAGGUUUGUCAGACGGGAUAUUACACAGAAGACUUCAGGACACAGGAGGUGCCAGCUGGCUUUGACUUUGCAUCAUAUGACUACCCUGGUGAAGACCUGUCUUUUCUGUUAGACAGCAAAGCACCUGGACAGCAGCAGUACGUCACAGAAAGCAGCUACGCGGAGCCGCCGAAAGCUUCUCACCCAUAUGACACUAAAGUGAGCACCAGUGACACGGCUCUCUUCAACCUGGACUCGUACCAGGAGUUCAACUGGUGGGCCUCGUACCCACAUGACGGGCUGACAGUAGACCAGCCUCAAACUGGAUACCAGGAGUCUCCACAGACGUACCAGGGUCUGGUGCCUCAGAAUGGACAAUUCAGCCCAUCCAUUGAGGGCAGCAACAGCCCCUUCGUAUCUGCAAAAGGAUCAAAUACAUUACAAAGUGAGACAGAUCAGAGCUACUCGUGUCACCCGGCUGAACUUUACGACUCAGACAGAGCGAGGCUGUCCUCGUCCUUCUGGCCCGAGUACUCCUCCCCCAGCUUCACUGCUCCCCUCCCACACCAGCCUACGGCCUCCUGCCCCUCGGACCUCAGUCCUCAAUCCACGGAGCAGUACUGCCCCCGUGUGGUCAAACGCAAAACCCCACACCCACAGAGGCCAGAGAGGGAGGGACAGAUGACGGGAAUGUCAGCAUAUCCAGGGUCUGGGCCGAUCCAGCUGUGGCAGUUUUUACUGGAGUUACUUCUGGACUCCGCCUGUCGGACCUUCAUCUCCUGGACGGGAGACGGCUGGGAGUUUAAGAUGUCCGACCCCUCAGAGGUGGCAAAGCGCUGGGGCCAAUGCAAGAACAAACCCAAGAUGAACUACGAGAAGUUGAGCCGUGGCCUGCGGUACUACUACCACAAAAACAUCAUUCACAAGACGGCGGGCAAGCGCUACGUGUACCGCUUUGUCUGUGACAUGCAGGGCAUGCUGGGAAAGACGGCGCAGGAGGUCCUGGCUAGUCUGAACGUUUUGCCCACAAACGCAGAGUCCUGGCAGUGCCCUGCGGUUCAGGCAGCAGCAGCAGCGUCGGAGCACAGCAGUGAAACAUGGGCGUCACAGUAGGGGACGGGGGGCCAGGACACUUUUUGUGCUGCUGGUUUAGAGACACACGUACAUUUUAGAAGAGAACCGCAGUCUACAGGUAGAACGCUGCCUCCUCCAGCAAGCUUGACCAAUGGCUGAUUUACAAAUGCUCAAAUUCAGGAAAUAAAUUACCAAUACUAAUAAAUGAAUCAUCCUGAUAGUCUUUAAAUACAACUCACAAUAUUCACAUGCAGCACUUUUUCUUUAGUGUCAUGCUAGUGGUGUGAGGCUCAAAUGUUUUCAAAUCAUAUAAACGAUGGGAAUCAUUACACUGUUGUCGGGUUGCUUUAGUCACUGAUAAGACAAUGGGUAGUAUAAUCUGGAGUGACAUGAGGACUUAUUUCUAGGUUAACAAACACAUUUGAUACCCAUUACGAACCGAAAGCUAAAUAAUAACAGCUAAUGUCAACACUUGCCCAGUUUCUAGCUAACAAUAGCAUUAGCCUGCCAACAGAGCUGUUAGCCAGCCUUGUGUGAUUAGCUAAUAAUUCAUGCCUUUUCUGUAGCUAAGUGUAACUCUAGCUAACCACAUUGUUAGACAGGAAGUGGUUGAAUACUAUUAUUGAUGAUGUUUUUUUUUUUAAAUAGCCAAUGGGUUAUGAAAUAUGUCGACUCAAACUGGACCCUAAUGUCUCUUUGAAUUGAACCUAUUAAUUGUCUUUUCAGUAGCUAAUCAAUCUGAUGCAGUGAACUGUUCAUGAUCCCAGAGAAUAUGUUUUAUAUGUAGACUUUGAACUGCAGCACAAGAGCUGGUCAAGAGCAUUUUAAGCACUAUUAACAGUUUUUUUGGAAUGUGUUUCUACGACGACACUGAUUUGUAAAUAAUGUUUAUACUGUAGCGAUGUCGAGUUUUGUGCAUAUAUUAUUAUUUUUUCAUUCAAAACUCAUUUCUACCUCUUUUGCUAUUCAGAAUAACGUGUACCGAGAGGAUUUUCAGGCACUCACUGUGAAGGUUUGAGCUGUUGUGAUCAUUGUUCUGUGUAAAUAAAGUGUAUAUAAACAUCAAUUUGUGUGAAGACUCUCUCUUCAUAUUUCUAGAUUUGGCCUUAGAUAUUAAUUUGAUCGAAUAAACAUGUUUGUAGCUUUCCUUUUUUUGGAAAUGUUUUAUUUAGUCUUUGAAACAAGUGAAAGAAGGGUCAUUUUCAAAUUGGGGCUGCACUUGUUUUUGCAGCCAGUUGAGUUGCCUUUGUAAUGAAUGCAAGGCCACGCCUGGCUCUUAUGAAACCUGCAAACUCUUCCUUCUCUGAUUGACUCCACCUACUGCAGUCUCGGAAGCUUUAGGCUUGAUAUUUUCAACGAUGACAGAAGAAAUAAACAAUCUGGUCACUUACUUUAUUAAUAAGUUAAUGUCAUUGUCUUUGUCCUCAGGAAAACACUGGAUGUGUUGACACGUGUGUUUCCAUUCAGGAAGUGAACUGUACUGCACCAUACUGGAUGAAGACGGGUCAUUUUCAAAUAGGCGCUGCUCUUGUUUUUGCAGCCUGUUGAGUGGCCUUUGCACUCAUGCAUGGAGGCCACUAACAGGAAUAGAAGCUACAGUAUGUCCACCUUUUGUAACACAGUCACUGCUAAAAAAAAAAAAAAAGGAAAUAUGAGAACUACUGAAUAAUUUUGUCCUAUCUAAUUUGCUUCCUAUAAUCACUUUAUUGCGAACUGUGAAGUGACUGAAGUCAGGUGUUGCGCUGACAUCUGCAUCGCUGCGUCAACAAACCCACCAGAGCUUUGAGUAUGUUACCUGCCAGUUUAUGAUUACGAUAUUUCCCAGCGGCAUUGAAUGCCUCCUUUGGUUUUCCCGUGUUCUUCAAUACAGUAAGGUAAAGGUAGCCUACAUAGAGCAGCUGCUUAUUUGCAAUCCAAACUGCAUUUUCAGAUUACGAUCACUGCGCGCUGGUUUGGCUGCCUGAGAGAUGCCGCGUAAAACCAUUAAGAUGGCUUUAUCGGACACGCUGGAGAAUCUGUCACAGCAGAACUUUGCAAAGUUUUGUCACCGGCUUCUGGACCGCAGAAACGAACCGCGAGUCCUGCGCAACAGGGUGGAGGGUAAAAACUAUUUAGACAUCGUGGACGUCUUGGUUUCUACGUUUACUGAGUCCGGAGGUCGCAAUGUGGCCGUGGAGAUCCUGAGACAGAUCGGCUGUAACGACGAGGCAGAGGAGCUCGUCAGAGAAACAUAAAAAUGAAAUUCCCAGUUUUAAAGAUGCAGGACACUCGGCAGGAACAACCAUGGAAAACCCUGGAUGUGUUGACACGUGUGCUCCCAUACAGGAAGUGAACAGUACUGCACCAUAUUGGAUGAUCUACUUGGAAAGAAUAUCUUGUUGCGAGAGGAUUAUGAGCUGUUGAACCCAGAAUUAAUCCGUAAUUUGUAUUGAAUCAUGAAAAUAAACUUUUGCAGAACAUCA